ACCGGAGCGAGGGGGCCGGGUCGGUUUUUGCAAAUCAGGCUGGACCAGCUUAUCAAAACAUUUCCCUAUUAUCACUCUAGAAAUCGGCGAGGUAUCUGGUUGAAACCUGGUGAAUUUCUAGAGCCAAUUUCUUCGGUUUUCUCGGCUUUUGAUCAGAAACUGGACAGUGCCUAACUAUGGAUGCAUUACCCAGUGGUGGCAUUUUCAACGAGCUGGAAAUUAUCGGUGAAACUGGUUGCUUUUCAGCUCUGCCUUCUGUGGAAGAAUCCUGGAGUCAGCACUGUCUAGAAAUGGAGAGGUUACUGAAGUUUGAGCCAUGUAAGAUCCUGGACAAGCGAGUGAAGGAGCCAGAAAACCCUUGGAAUAAAUUUAUUUUACCUUGCCAAGAUCGUGUGAUAAUGGACAGAGAUUUAGAUCUGCUUUCGUUUUCGGACAGUGAGAGCAGCGACAGCAGAUUUGACACGAUAAGCCUGAGUUCCAGCUCCAGCAUUGUUUCUUGGGACAGUUCUGGUGAACUUUCACCAUCUCCCUCAGUGACUGCAAUCACAUGUGAUCCUUUCAAAACAGAAACUUUCAAGGCAGCGCGAAUGAUAUCGGAAGCGACCCUCACACCACCAUCAUCACCAGAACUUGGUCGUAGCCGGUUAGUUAGUGUGCCUGUAGGACAAUUGGUUGCAGUAAGCAUGGGUGGACUUAUGGACAGAGGUUCAGUUAGAAUGCGUAGUUUAAAUCCAAUUUCAUCUUCUAGAGGUAGUAGUAGCAAGAGAUCAGAUUCCCCAGAUCCCAAGCGAAGAGUUCAUAGAUGUCAAUUUAGUGGUUGUAGGAAAGUUUACACCAAAAGUUCUCACCUGAAAGCACAUCAGAGAACACACACAGGUGAAAAACCAUACAAGUGUACUUGGGAAGGGUGUGAAUGGAGGUUUGCUAGGUCUGACGAACUCACGCGACACUACCGCAAGCACACGGGGGCCAAGCCUUUCAAAUGUAGUCACUGUGAGCGAUGCUUCUCGCGAUCCGAUCACCUUGCACUUCACAUGAAGCGCCAUCUCUGAUGAAGACGACGAUGAGUUCUCAGCAUAUAUACAUGUACUCGUCUCGUGUUCAAGAGUUCAAGCGUUCAGUGCCAAACAGCACAAAUUCUGCAGACAUUGUUUGACCUUGUUCAAUCAUGUUCAACCAAAAGAGAUUUGUGCAAAAGAUAAUACUUCUCAUGCACUAGGGGUAGUGGCUACAUUUCAUGAAACACAAAAGAGCAUUUCAGUGGGAAAGAAAGUAGGUAAUCAUUGUGCUAUUAUUACUAUAAACUAGGUAUGAAAUGUAAGUGUUGUAAUGUCACCAGUGUGUUACCACGUCUUGUUCAACGAUUUCCGGUGUCAUGGGCUGAGCUACUAGUAGCAUGAUGAACGAUGGGCUUAAGAAGUGCAAACGGCUGUUCUUCCCAGAUGCACUUUUUGGCUGUCAUUACACGUACCUGUAACGUACCUGUACGUCGCCGGCCUACCAGCAGUUUGAACUAGAGGCAACUCCCAAGAAGUUCACCAUCUGUAAAGGCAGUGCAAAAACUCUUAUGCAAUGUUGCAUAAUUUAUGGUGAAGUCUCCUUACUCUGUAAACUCACACUGGACAGUGUUUUCCGACUUCAUUAGGCUAACCCACAAUCAUGCUAAUAAAAGCUGUUGUACAUGUAGCAUGCAUGUAUAAUAUCUAUCAUAUUUUCUAAUCUCCCAGAUUGCUUUAAACAAAGAUACAUGUACACCAAACUGAUGUUAUUUAUGUAGAUCAAGUUGACAUAAGGAGACAAGUGUACAGUAUAAAUCUUGCCAUUUUUAUGGAAUUGUAUACUCGGUUCCAUUCUCUCUCUUUUUCUAUUUUAACAGCAAAAAAUCAUCAGGGUCCCGUAACACAAACAUCUGCGAUCAAUGGCUAAUGUCAGACAAACAUUGAUUGUGAUUGGUUGAUCAUGGUAAUAUCCAUGGAAAAACAAUCUUGAUUUGUCAUUACCAUUGUUCAAUUAAUUGUAAAACUCUGUAUUAUAGAACCCAGGAAUCAAUAUAAGCAGAAUACUUGAUAAAGUAGCUUCUAAAUGAUCAUGAACAGUAAAUAUAAUGUUUUAUAUUGUAUCCUUGUACUUGAGAAGAAUGGUACGUACAGGAAAUGCCUAUUUUAUAUACAUGUAGAUCUGUCAAUCGGAGUUCUCAACUAGGGUGUGUACUGAGCUGCAAGAAGUCAUUUGCAAUUGAUUGCAUGGUUUAAUCACAAAUUUGCAGUUGAAGGAUGAAUUUCAACUACAGCAAACCAGUUAAUACUAUUUCUUGCAAGAAAACAAUCUUCAACUCAUUGUAAUUUGCUAUAGGAAAUCUUAAAAUUAUUUUGAAAUUCAAAAUUAUUUGAAACCGAUAGGCUUUUGCAGCACCCUUGCAACGCUUCAUUACUGAUAAAAGUUGCGGUAUUGGUUGCAUACACAGCUAUAUACAUUUACUUAAAUAGGUUGGUUUGAUAAUAGGUAAAGAUGGAGGGUAUAGGAAAAGAUGGAGGGUAUGUAAUUGAAGAUUAAAGCAAUUUCAAGUAUGAUUUUAAUUCUUUCAUGAGCAAAGGGAACUGCAUUAAUAUUGUUGUAUCACAGAGCAAAGACCGUUUUGUCAACGCAGUAGUACGAAUAUAUCAACCCAUAUCAUACUUGUAUGUAUGGCAUAGCUCUGUUUUGUAUCUUCUAAUUCCUAUUUCAACUCACGAAGAAAAUCAGGUGCUAUUGUGAACCAUUUUCCAAAUCAUUGAAAUUAUUUUGAACUCAUUGAUUCUUUUAAAUUUUGAAACUGUUGUUGAGUGGCAAAUAUUGAGCUUGCCAUUUUGCCGACAUAUGCAUUGAUCAGCAUAUUACAUAUACAUGUAGUGCAUUGAUACUACAGUGAUCAUUUCACCGUAUGUCUUUAUACAUGAGGUAUGAACUAGAUAUAUAUUGAGGUAUCACAAAGCAUUGAGCAUUUUAAAAGGAUACAUCCUUAUCUGCAUGCAACAGUUUACCAUUAAAGACAACAUCGUUAAAAAAGAUGUCUUAAUUACAGCAGUAGAUAGGGUCAGUCAGUGUGAUGCAUGGUUAAAGUAUUUGUAGUGCCUCUCUUUAUCUACCUUGCAUUAACAGUUCAACCAUCAUGGCACUAGUGACUGGGACAAUGUUAAUCCUCUUCACUUUGACAAAAUAGAGGACUUUCUAUCAAUUAAUUAGGCAUUGCAUCUGAUGCGUCGCUUCUUCCCAAGGUUAUCCUUCCAAUCGGAUCCCGGAAAUUGUUUCAGGGCUGAAUGAAAAUUGUAUUUGUGUGCCUGUAAGAACUGGUAUCUGGCUACAUGUGCCAAACAUUUGGCUUGCAUGUUAUGUAAUGUAUGAACAUUACAUACAAUGUUAUGUAAUGUAUGAACAGUGCUUGUGCAGACAAUAUAUUAUCCUGAACUUGAUAGAGACCGUCAAAAGAAAUCAUUUGCUAUUACCAAGCAGAGCAAUUGGAAAAACAGUAACAGAAGAAUAGAGAUGAUUAUAUUGAUAAAGGAAAAAUGCAUCUCGAAUGAUAUGAAGUAGAGGUACUUGCCCUUUUGCGAACCCUAAUUGCCUACCUUAAUCUUUUUUUUUUAAUUCACCAUGCAGAUAAAGCCAUUAUUAUGAUCUUCAUUUUUACGGGUCAUUUGAAAUUUCUUUUGUAAUGUAUGCACUAUCUUAAGUGCAUUCCUGUAAAAUAUACACAAGUAGGUCUUUCUCAGGCACUCAGUCAUAACAUUCUAUUGUCAUCAAUUAUUCAAACAAAAUUGGACGUGAUUCUUCAUUGACCUUGUAUUCAGAAACGAAAGAUAUGUCUCUGGCCACAGCUUUACCAAACGACGUAGCUGAAAAAAUUGUUUUGCAGUCAGAAUACUUAUCCUCAAAUGAAAACAAAAGAUAAAGGUUACUAUAGUUGAAUUUGGAAAUACAGACCACUCUAGUUUCAAAACACUUCAACUCAUCUUCUUGUAUCAACCAUAAUGUAGGAGCUUUUCAACCAAAAAGAAAGAAAAUGCAGUAGAUGAUCAGGCAUGUAGCUAUGUCAGGGAAGAAAUCAUCUUCAUUAGGCUUACUGAAAUUCCCCUACCUAGAGUAUAAGUUACCAUGAAAUAAGAAAUUGGUCUACAACUCUGAACUGUCAUUGACGAUUUACAUUUGGCCUGUUGCCAUGGGUUAUUGUAGCAUAGAUUUAAGUGAGAAAAAAUCACAAAAAGACACCUCACACACUGUAAAUUUCACUUUUAAGAAUCUUUUAAUCCAAGUAGAGCAUGGUUUGAAACCAAGGUCCAUUCAGGUGAGGAGCAUAAAAGCAAAUACACAUGCUAUGUACACAAUGUUUAUAAUAUUUUCUUGUGUGUCUGAAUGCUCUGUUUGGUCUGCAAACAUUGAUUCAAUAUUCAACUUCUUUCUCUAUUGAGUUUAGAGCUAAACCGAGUGUCUGUCCUAGCACACUACAGUACAUGUAAUUUUCAAUUCACGAACCUCUCCAUUCUCAUGGCAUACUACAAGUUGUUUUGUGUCUAAACAUUAAAUGUCAUCAUCAAAUAGCAAUACUGUUCAAGCAUAGCCAUACAUUAUUUGUGUGUUUGAAUGAAGGUCUUGAUGUCUUUUAUUGUCGAUAGUUAUCUAUGGCUUUCCUCACUAUAAUGAGAACAAGUCUAGUAUAAGAUGUACACUCUUUUCUAUCAUGAACUUGAAAAAAAAAAGAACUAAAAUAUUUCUUGGAACCCAUUGACUCAUUGGUGUUUCAUUUUGGUUCAUCGCACAAUGAGGCAAAUAAUUGAGCUAUGUAAUGGGUGAAACCAUUUGAAAUUAUCUUUAUUUUGAUAGUAAAGAGAUGUGGUUAUCAGUACAUACCAUGCAUUUUAAAAACAUUUUACUCUCCUGCACUUUAAGAGCUGCUUUUCUAAUGUGUUUGCUUGUCGGUCUUUGGUGGCGGGGAUGUAACACACGAAAAGUAAUAGAGUGGGACUAAAAAAAAAAUCAUGUAUUGAAGCAGAAGUGACCAAGGAUGUUAUCUUGGGCAUCAGAUGUACAGUUAGAGUAAGGGGAUAAUAACUUGUUAAAUUGUUGGGAAAUAAUAUUGGAAGGGGAUUAACUUUCAGUUGAGAUAUUGCCUCUUGUGAAAAGUUGUUAGAUUGAUGUGUACAUGUAUAUAGAUUAGUAGAGCAUUAGAUAGAAUUAUAUCUAGAUAGAUACAUGAGAUAGAUAGAAAAUAGAAGUAGAUAGAUAGGUAGAUAGAUAGAUAGAUUACAUAAAUUAGAUUAGUAGAUCAACAGAUAGAUGCAUAGUGGAUAGGUUCAUAGAUAAAUAAAGUGAUGUCUGUGCUAGUCUGUGAUAGAAUAGAAAAGUAUAUAAUGUGUAGUAAACUCAUUAUUAUUAUAAGUCACAGUACAUAAACAUAAAGAAAAAAGAGCUCUUUUUAUUUUGAACGUUUUAUUUUUUUUAACAUUGUAAAAUUUCCAAUAUGUGCAACUCUUCUAAAUGCAUCUAGAUGUUUGAGAUGUUUGUAUAGUAUCUUCAUCGUGAAGAAUUUUGUGUGGAUGUGUGUGAGCGAGAAAAUGUUCCAUGAGAAAAUGGAAAAAUAUCUGGUAUGUUGACAAUAUAAAUACAAAGUACAAAAGAAUCUUGUCAUGUAGGAGAUAACAGAAGAUUGUUGACACUUCAGUUUCUUAUUGUCAUUGGCAAUUUGACACCAAAGAGAACUUGAAAGAAUCUGAACAGCAAGAAAAUUAAAUCUGCAUUUCGUCUUUGGUAAGGCCCUGUUCAGAGCCACCUUCUCAAACCAAUUCUUGUCAAAUCAAUUCAGUGAACCAUUUCAGUAGAUCACUUUGUUAGCAUUCACAAUCACUCUGUUAGCUUGUGAACCAGUUCAAACCAAAGCAGUUCUUAAAACCACAGUGUUCUUGUAAUUUGUUACUUUAGAUCACUUAAGAUGGUUUCAUAGAUCACUAAGAGGGUUCGUUGUUGUUCAAACUCCCACUGAAUCAGUCAGAUAGGUCCAGGAAAGCUACCAUGGACAGGGUUUAAACUAUUUCUGGCAAGUUUACAGAAAUACAGCUACAAUAAUGAAACUGAAGCCGCGAACUGGACUGUCGCUUUAAAAACAUGACUCAUGUUAUCUUGAAGAUCAUCAAGGUAUGUUGUCUGUUAAUUGGAAUAAGUAAUUAGGUCAGGAAUUGUUAUACCUAACACUAAUGACGGCUACAUCUUUUUAUUGUAGCCUGAGGGUGUAAUGUGGUGUAUGUAUGGAGAUAGCAUUGCAUUAAUUAUUAGUAAAUGUAGCCUACUUAUAGCUCUCCUAUUGUGCUGUAGCUUACAUAGCCUUGAAUAGAUAGCCCAAAAGACAAAAAAAUAAAUAAAUAAAAAAAAACUAACUACACAUAACAACCAAAUCACCAAUAUUGUUAGAACGGGCAGGUAUUCGGGUAAGGAUCUUUAUGCACAUUAAUAUUGAUAAGUUGUGAUAGCAGAAAUUGAUUGUGAAUGUAAUUAUGAUAUUUCAUCCCAAAUUUUUGAGGGCUUGCAUGAGGAGCUUGUUCAUUUGUUAUCUCUAAGACAUCAAAUGGUGCAAAAUACACUAUUACCAUGGCAAUCUGGCAUCGAUUGGAUUGUUCCAGCCUGCAUUUAUGUAUAGCAAAGGAAAGAAGGAUAGAUAGUCCUUUUAGUGGUGAGACCUGAUUUAUGUCCUCUUGUAAGCACGAGGAAAAAAAUAUGAGUCAUGUUCAGUUCCAUUCAAGCAUUAAAAACAAGUACAAUUUUGUCCAGUGUGGACUUAGGUUUUGAAUAUUUUAGUAUGAUAUUUUAGACAUUUAGAACCUGUUUUGGUCAUUAUGGCUGUACCUCAAGGGUCCCCACUAGGGCCUAUUUCUUUCAUUUUAAUAGAUUCACAUGGUCUCCUUAUUUGUUAGAGCAACCAAGCAAGUAGAUCAAGUGAGUCAUUAAUUGCCAGUGGGUUCCUGGGGGAGGAUUUAAAGGGAAAGCCCCAUGCAAGCUCAGUCAUAUUUUGCACAUGAUUUGCAACAAUAUUUAAGUUAAAAAUUAUCAAGGGCAGUCAAGUAUGUCCAUAUAUGGACAUAUAUAUUGGCCAAUUGCCACAGAAUGAUACUAUAAAACAAAAGAAAAGGACUGAAUAGCAAAAUGUAAUCAAGUACAUACAAAGUUGUUAUUAUUUGUGAUUUUUUUUGUGUCACCUCAACACCAAAACGGGAGACAUUCCAUCACAAAUUGGUAUAAAUCAAUAUCUGGUUGUUGUUUUUUGCAGUUAAAGGGGAUUUUUUUUUGUCCACAUACACGUACUGUUAUUAAUUUUCCUGAUUGAGUUUAAAGGGUAAAAUUCAAUACAGAAAACUUGGAAAAAAAAAUAAGUUAGCAAAUAUAGUAAUAUUGUAAGUAACUUAGUUCUAGAUAGUUUAGUAAAUUCAUUUUGUAAAUUUCGUUUCCUAAUAUAUGAAAAUACUACAAACAAAAAUAGAGUACUAUAUAUGUAAAGAUAUAUAAAUAUAUAUAUAUGAAUAUAUAAAUAUUAAUAUUUGCUAUGUUUUGUGUAAUUUGGAAGAAGGGUAUAAAGUGCGUAAGAAUGUAAAUUUGAUGACCCUAGGUCUAUUGUAUGAUUUAUUUUGCAUACCAAAUUAAAAUAAUUUUAGAAGAUUGAUUUAAUUUAUGCAUAUAAAUUAUGUGUAUUUGCAAGGUUUGCUAUAAAGUCCCAUUACAGGGGGAACAACAUGGGGUGUUCAUUGUUGUGUAAUCUUAAUUCUCUUAAGGAAAUAUGAACAAGGACUUUCUUGCAGGUACCAAAUGUAUCGGAUCUAUGAAAGAAAUAAGUUUCCCCUUACAUUAAGUAUGAAUGUCUUAUGGCCUGUCAUUUAGGUACGAGAAUGGAGGUAGACACAGAUUGAUACAUUGUGUAGUACAUGUGGUAUGCCUAGCUAUCAUGCAGGCAUUUGUAUGGAGGUCAUGUGUCAAGAGUCAAAGGUCAUUUGAGGUCAGUAUCUUGGAUAUUGUCUUGUACCUUUAUUAGACCAUACUCAGCCACAGGGUUUGUAAAUGACUUAGUGGAAUCUGUAAGUACAAGAGUGGAACCUUUACCUUAUGUUGGGCUUAAAGGUCACUUUGAGGGGUCAUCUGAGGUCGAAUGUUGAGGUUAAAUCUAUUUUAAAUUCCUGUCUUGGUUUUUUUAUUAGACUCAGAGCAAUCAGAUAUUGCUUACCUGGCCAUGAUUUAUCAGCUAGAGCAUAUGAUUCUAGUAAUAAAAGACUAAAGGACAAAAGAUAUAAUUAAAAAGUUUUUAAUAUUCCAUGUAGGCCUAGAUAUUGUUCCUGAAUUCUAUUGUUUUUUAUCUGUUUUCAUCUCAUUUCACAAAAAUGUGAUUUUAUCUUAAAAAUGUGAUUUUAUCAGCCAGUGCAUUCCUUUUUUAAUUGUGUUUUGAUCAUUGAUAAUGCCUUGUAAAUGAGGAAAUCCAAGUCCCAAGAUAUAAUGUUUACAUGUAUGCAUUUUGUCAUUACAAUACCAACUGUAAAUUUUCACAUGGGCCAAUCAUUAACCAGUUACAAUGUAUUAAAAUAACAUUCGACUAUGCUGAACCAGCAAUGGCAUAAUUUGUCAUCGAGAACCUGUUAAGUGCUCCUAGGAUGUGAUGUAUACUUGUGAAUUUGUCACUAAGUUGACUAAUCAGCUCACUCCUCAUGUUAAUAAAUGGGUAGUGAAUUUAUUUUGCCUUUUUUGUUAGCUGUUGUAUUAUGAUGUUGCUGGCUUUCCAUAAUUAAAAUCAUGAUUUCUAUAGAUUUCUUGUUACCUUAGGGGGGACUGUUUGAAAUUUGUGCCUGGGAUUGCCGCGCAUGGCUAUAUAAGAGUGAUUUCACUGAAUUGAAUUGGAGUCCUGUAGGCCAAUUGUUCAUCCAAAGAAUACAACAUUUAUUCCGAAAGAAAUUCUUAUUGUCUAAACAUUUUUUAAUCCAUAUAUUUCAUUCUCAAAUGUUUGAUUUGGUCGUGUAUGCUUUAUGAAUAGAUAAGUGUACAGCAUAUUCAACAUACCAAUAAUUGAAAGGGAAUAGUAAAUUAUAGUUACGCAUUGCUCAUUGAGACUGCAUAAAUGCAGUUUACAUUUGACCUCUGAAUGUGAUAAAUUGAUUAAUUACCAAGGUAAUGUCAUGGUACUGGAGUGUUGUGCUUUCUUAACAGGAUGUUUUUCUGUUGAAAUGAACAAAUUCUCUGAACAAUCGUUGUGAAGUAAACUGAUGUCAUCAAGCCUUCAAGUUUAUGCUUGUUUACUGUAUACGUUAUAAUAGAUAUACAUGUUUCAGUGUAUAGUGGCUAAUGAAGAUCAUGUUGGCAAAUUUGUUUAUUGUAUCAAGGCAUUUUGAUGCUUCUUAAAAAGAGGUAAUGAUUCAAAUGUCUCUAUGAUCAUGGAUAUUUUUAUGUAUCAAUUCUCUAUUUUCUAUUCACUUAGUGGAAAUGUAUGGUUGCUUUACAUUAUUUGUAUCUCUGAAUAAAACAUCUGACAUAUCAACAUGUCUUUGAACAAGGCAUCAGUGCUUUUUUUAAUAGUCCCAAUGUAUACAGGGAACAUUAGUAGUCAUAUCAACAUGAAAUACAUUUUUUUAUAAGUUAUAACUUUUAUAAGAUUUUAUACUGUGUACUGUUAAUCAGUGGUUUUCAACAUCUUUUUAUUUUCAUGCAUCAAAUUCUUGUACCUCAUUUGUGUUAAACAACUGCUGCAUUUUAUGAACACAUAACACAAAAGAGUAAUGUUUAAUGCAGGAAAUGCACUUAAUAUUCAAAAUAUAUCUAAUAUUGAUAUACAAAAAAUUUUUUUUGUCAUGUAACUAAAUUUAAUCCACAUGUCUAUACAUAUAUAUCCUGUAAUACAAUAAUGUAAUUAUCUGUUCUCAUUGCAUUUCAUUAUAAUAAGAAUGGAAAUUACAUUAUAUACAUGCAAAGUAAAUUUUGUUAGGUUUUGUUAGGUUCGUCCACAUACUAUCUAUAUUAAUGAGAUAAAUAUGUAAUUGGAAUUUCAUAUAUUCACUUCUAGUGAAUGGGAAAAAAUAGUUCAAGGCAGUUCACAAAGGCAUGUGCAUUAAAACUAGUUACAUCACAAAAAAUAUUCUGUGGGCAGAAAUACAGUGCAUUUACAUAGUAAUAUCAAUAUCCUGUUAUUUUGUCAUAGUCACCUACAGUUAAGAGUGAACCACACUGUUAAUGUGGUUUAUCAUUGUGUAGAUCUGUCUGUAAUAAUUCAUUCCAAUUUCUUGGAAACAUUGCCUUGUAUCUUUAUUUCAAGAAUGUGUUUCAUGCACUUCCGGUAAUCUAUUUAUUUUUAAAGAUAUGUUAGUAUAUUCCACAUUUAUGACCACAGUAAAACAGAAGAUGCUUCAUUUUUGUCUGGAAGUGGCGGAAGGAUUUAAGCUGCAUCCGACAAUAUUUUUCAAUCAGCAUCCUUUAAUCAAAAGUGGAUUAUUUUGCUCUCGGUCUCCGUACUGAUUAUGGUUUUGUGUCAAGUACCGAUCUCAUGUUAAAAUGGGUGUGAACCCCAUUCCCGCAUGAUUAGAAUUUCCCUUUAUUUUCUCAUACAUUUAUCUAUCAGCCUGAGCUGAUUCAGUCUUCAGAUUCUAGCCUGAUCAGUCCACAUUGAUGUUAAUCUUCAUUUUCAAGAAAAUUAAAUCAACCCAAAAAUGAUAGCGUAUAGUCCAGGCGUCGACGGCAGUUAUUUUUUUUGUCUUUGCCACAACUUGUAUUCUUUGCCGCAUCACACGUAUUGCUUGCAUUCAGCAUAACAGUAAAGACAAUAACUGCAGCCUUUGACUACAUUAUAGGCCACCCAAGAUGAGGAAUUCUCACUUGUCAUUGCUCACUUACGGGCCCCAUUUAUGAAAAGCAUGUGCUGGUAUUAGGAAUAUAAAGUAUUACCCUGCGCCAAAAUCUGAAUGCAUCUUCACUUUGGAAAAAAAUGCGACUCUGCAAGUUGGCUCAGGAUUACACUGUUGAUAUGAUACUCGUGGAAUAUCCCUCUUAUUGCAAUCUCUAAUAAUCUUGUAUUUUCUGAUGUGUUAUUUGGCCACAUUUGCAAUGUUGGAUAAUUUGGAAAUUCUGGCUGUUUUAGACAUACCACAUUUUGUCAAUUUCGGCAUAAAAUCUUGGUUAACAUUAAUAAAUGAAGGUAUUUAAACUAAAUGAGGUAUUUAAACUAAAAGUAUGAACUUGGAAAGUAGUGAAUUUUCUGUCACUAUCAAAAUCCAUUAUUUUUGUUAUUCUUUAUGUCAUUAUUAACCUUUUUCACUUUUAUUAUUUAUGAUUCUCUUAUUGCUUCUACUAUUACAAUGAUUAUCAUUUAUUCCUAUCACUAUGUUAUAUUAUUACUUUCAAUAUGAGCAUUUAAAUUAGUGGUUUCAAUUUCUCCUGAUCAGGUCCUAUAUAACAAUUAUUGUCAUUAAUAUUAUGGAAAUAUGUUCGUAUGCAUUUGUAUUUAAAAACAAAAGUAUAAAACUCAUGUAUACAGUCUUGAUUAAUUAAAAUGUCAGUUUACUAUGUCAAAAGGA